UUUACAAGGUGACACCCGGAGUUUCUCACGAAUGUGUUCUUUUUUACUGGAUGCCCAUGUGGUGUGUAAAUAAGCGGGCCUGAAUUUGAAUCACUUUCUGAAAAUAUCAUUUCAAGGAUUGUGGCACCUGAAUGUUCGUGUUGCCAUUCUUCCGAAAAUGUUAUUAGAAGCGGUGGACGGGGAUGGAACGACUGUGUUCAAAGCUGUUGCCGCCUCUGUGCAGGUUCAGGUAGAGCCCGUGGGUCGCUGGUUUGAAGCUUAUGUGAAGAGGCAAAACAGGAAUGCGUCGACGUCCUUUCAGGAGCUGGAAGAGGAGGAGGAGUCCUCUGAGGAGUCAGAUGAUGAGGAGUUUCAGCUGGAGGAGCAUCCGAUGCUCCGAACACUUGACCCAAAGGACUGGAAGAAUCAAGAUCACUAUGCUGUCCUCGGUCUGCCGCACUUGAGGUACAAAGCCACUCAGAAACAGAUCAAAGCUGCCCAUAAAGCCAUUGUGUUGAAGCACCAUCCUGACAAAAGGAAAGCUGCCGGAGAGCAGAUUUUAGAAGGAGACAAUGAUUACUUCACAUGUAUAACUAAAGCUAUAGAAGCCCUGUCCGACCCUGUGAAGAGACGAGCCUUUGACAGUGUAGAUCCCACGUUUGACAAUAGCGUCCCCUCCAAGAGUGAAGGCAAAGAGAACUUCUUCCAGGUGUUUGCUUCGGUUUUUGAGCGAAAUUCCCGAUGGUCGACCAAAAAGCAUGUGCCCAAACUAGGAGCCAUGGAGUCGUCCUUCGAAGAUGUGGACAACUUCUACUCAUUUUGGUACAAUUUUGAUUCAUGGAGGGAAUUCUCAUACUUGGAUGAAGAGGAGAAAGAGAAGGCUGAAUGUCGAGAUGAGAGGAGAUGGAUCGAAAAGCAGAAUCGAGCCUCCAGAGCUCAGAGGAAAAAGGAGGAGAUGAACAGAAUACGAACACUAGUUGACACCGCCUACAGCUGUGAUCCGAGAAUAAAGAAGUUCAAAGAAGAGGAAAAAGCCAGGAAGGAAUCUGAGAAGAAGGCGAAAGCUGAAGCCAAGAAGAAAGAGCAGGAAGAGAAGGAGCGAGUCCGGCAGGCAGAGCUCGAGGUGGCUCGUUUGGCUAAAGAGAAAGAGGAAGAAGAGGCCAAGCAGGCUGCCCAGUUGGCCAAGAAGGAGAAGGAAAUUCAGAAGAAGGCCAUCAAAAAGGAACGGCAGAAGCUCAGGACGACCUGCAAGAACUGGAAUUACUUUGCUGACAAUGAAGCCGAAAAUGUGAAGAUGAUGGAGGAGGUAGAGAAGCUCUGUGAUAGGCUGGAGCUCACAAGCCUGCAGUCUCUCAAUGAACUCUUGGCCUCAGCUUCAAAGGAGGACAGCAAGCUAGCAGUAGAAAAGCAGGUGCAGGAGGUGAAUGCUCAGCUGCAGAGGGAGAAGGAGGCCGAGUUCCAGGCCAUGCAGACGGGUCGCAGCGCCGAGCAGGCCAGCGGCGGAGGAGGAAGCGGCGGGAAAGGCUGGAAUGAGGAAGACCUCCAGCUGCUUAUCAAGGCGGUCAAUCUAUUUCCUGCUGGAACCAACGCCAGAUGGGAGGUUAUCGCCAACUACAUGAAUUUGCACUCCACAAGCAGCAUGAAGAGGACCGCCAAAGAUGUCAUCAACAAAGCUAAGAGUCUACAGCGGCUCGACCCACUCCAGAAAGAUGACAUUAACAGAAAAGCCUUUGAGAAGUUCAAGAAGGAGCAUACUAGCGUACCAACCACCGUAGACAACGCUGUGCCCUCAGAGAGGUUUGAAGGCCCCGGUGGUGAUGGAAACGUGGCCCCCUGGACCACAGAAGAGCAGAAGCUUCUAGAGCAGGCGCUAAAAACCUACCCUGUCAGCACACCUGAACGCUGGGAGAAGAUAGCCGCCUCCGUCCCGGGACGAAACAAGAAAGACUGUAUGAAGAGGUACAAGGAACUGGUGGAGAUGGUUAAAGCCAAGAAAGCUGCACAGGAGCAAGUGGCGAGCAAGAGUAAAAAAUGACAACGCAAAGCCAAUAUGUCUGUCUUCAUUAUUAUAACAGUAUUGUGUUGGUCUUUAUUUUAUAAUAAAAUCAUUAAAAGAACAACAAAAAAUACUAC